AUUCGUUGGAAUUCCAACAGAAUCAGCUGGAGCACUCAACACGUGGUUCGCUCGUGCACAUGUCAAGUGAGCAGUGUCCUUCACGGAGCCCGCGGGAUCGAUCUUUUGGGCUCAGCGCGAGACAAAAGGUUGAAAAGAAAUGGCAUUAUAAUGCAGCGUUACAGAGUGACAGUAAUGGGUUAGAGUGCGAGUUUACUAUUUAAAUACACCAAGAACUGGGUUAUUUGGAUUUGAAAUUUACGUAGCAGACCACCGCCAAAUUAAAAGAAGUUCCACUUCCAAAGAGGCCAAAGUUUUUCAAUUUUAUGGAGAGCGGUAUCAGCAUUCUUCAUCAACAUCAAAAUGCACAAGACUUCAGCCAACAUGUCCAAAGAGAAGAAACAAGUACCACCUGAUGGAGGUUGGGGAUGGGUUGUGGUUAUUGGUGUUAGUAUUGUUAAUUUAUGUACAAGAUCAAUAGAGCAAUCCUUUGGUCUCCUGUUCGGAGACCUUCUUCGAGAACUCAACAUCGAAACAACAGGAGCAGCAGUUAUAAUGAGUUCUCUAGAUGCUUUAGUUAACUUUUCAGGAUUGCUAGUAGGACCUUUAAUUCGUGCCUUUUCCUAUCGUAAAAUUUCUCUUCUUGGAACAGCGUUGUGUAGUCUUGGAUUGGUACUCACUUUUCCUGCAAGAAGUAUGGCGCAUAUUCUUAUUACCUACAGUAUUGUUAAUGGUUUAGGAGUCGGCUUGGCAUCCUCAUCAACAUUCGUGGCCCUUAGCAAUUACUUCGUUAAGAGACGUGGACAAGCCGUAGGUUUCUCUUUGGCAGGUACGGCUGUAGGUAUGAUGGUGAUGCCACAGGCUAUUCGAUAUCUAUUGGAGUGGUAUUCAUUUCGAGGAGCAAUUUUAGUACUUGGGGCAUUUGCUAUGAAUGGUAUUGCGGGCUCCGCGGUACUACAACCCGUCGAGUGGCAUUUGGUUGAUGAGGAAGUUGACGAAGAAGCGGGAGUAUAUCAUCAGAAGAUACUGUUUUAUUUUGCAUCUACAGAGGAAAUGGAAACAAUCAAAGAGACUGAAGACGAAGAUCUCGACUUACCAGAAGGACAAACAUUAAUCAGCAAAAAUUAUUCAGAAGUAGCGAUGAAAUUAUUAGACGAACCGUCAAAACAAGGGGGCCUUACCAGAAAAUCAACGUUCCCCCGUAACUUCUCAACGAUGAGUUUUUCCGGACCGCAAAGAAGACGAAAAGUUUCGACAGAGUCCUUUUGGUCAAGUUAUUCGAGGCUAGAUUUGACUGAUUCGAAUGUACAGCUACAAUUUGAUACAAAAGAAAAUCCAGAAUUUGCGCACACGCCCUCCAGACAGCUACGGAGAAACAUGACCUUCCCUGGUAUACCACUAGCAGCAUCACAGAAGAUCCGACCAAUCUCACCACCGAAGGAAGAACCAAAACAAACUGGGUGGCAGAAAGUUGUAGAAUUCAUGGAUCUGGAUCUCCUCAAAUGCCCAAUUUACCUGAAUCUGGUGUUUGGUCUUUCGUUGGCGUUUGUGGCUGAACAAAACUUUAAAACAGUCCUUCCAUUCUUUUUUCAAAAUUUAGGAUACGAUAAAAAGGACGUGGCAACGUUCUUAUCCUUCCAAGCAUUUACUGAUAUUUUGGCAAGACUGAUUUUACCACCUAUCUGCGACCGGGUCAACCUGUCCAAAAAGACGUUUUUCAUGAUGGGGAUUUUCUCUGUUGGCAUAGCUCGAUCAGCAUUGGCCCAACAGACCGAAUGGACGAGUAUCGUCAUAUGGCUACUAAUUUGUGGAUUUGCCAGAGGAGCAACAUUGAUCAACUUCACUAUCACUAUUGCAGAAUAUACGUCCGAGUUUGCAAAUUUAGAAAAACUUCCGGCAGCUUUUGGGCUUCACAUGGUCGGUAAAGGGCUAUGUAUUGUUACGUUAGGGCCUCUUUUAGGUUAUAUUAGAGAUGCUACAAACAGUUUUCCAAUUUGCAUUCAUUCUCAAACACUCCUCAUCAUAAUAGGAUGUUUAGCUUGGGUCACGGAAUACAUCGUGGUAUGGUGCCGCAAACGAAACAAGGCGCCAUCAGUAGCAAACACAGAAACUACGACGAGCACCUGACGUCAGAGUUUUUAAAAAACGUGUAUAGUUCAGUAUUUUUUUAAACGUGAAGAGACGGCAUACCUAAUCAAUCUUGUAAUUUGCUUAAUCGUCUUCUGAAAUUCACGUUUCUUAUUUAUUAAAUGAAUAUUAUAUUGGACGUGGUUCCGUUAUGCGACCACAAGAAACGAACCGGUUAAGUCACAAUUUAUCGAAAUAAUUAGUAUAUACAGUACUAAUCAUCAGAUCAGACUAUGUAUUUCUAUAGUUAAAGACGUCUUUAAGACAACAUCGUAUUAUGAAUGAAAAUAUUAUAGCCGAUAGCCUAUUAGCAGGUUGAUAUACUUUUCAUUCCAUAUUCAGCUAUGGUAGAGAAUAAUACUGAUUUCGAUAGCUUAUUUGGGAAGCCUGCUCUUGAUUAAUCACCUAUAGAUUGUCAAUACUUUGUACUCCUUCCUUUCAUUAAUGUUUAUGUCAAAAAAUCGUUGACUAUUCAGUAAAAAACGGUCAUGGACAUCAAAAAUCGAUAAAAUGCCAUUCCGCAAAUGAAGAACUUGCUAACAGAGGAGAAAGUUUGAAAAUUAUAUACCAAAUAUGGAAUUAAUUAAUUACCAAUACUACAAAUCAUACAACAAAUGUAAUCAUUGUAAAAUUUAGUUCGGUUAGGUCAAUAUAUUUUAAUGGAAUAUAGUUUCAACAGAAAGGAAAUUUCAAUAGGAAAGCGUGAAUAUAAAAUAUGAAAGUAUGAAAUAUAAUUGUUUGUGCAUCAUUUUUCUGCGCAGUGCGGCGCCCCGUGGCCAUUCCUUACCAACCGGCACUGUUUAUAUCGUUAAGUAAUAUAUAUGGUUGGUACAGUAUAAAUACCGUUGCACGUCAUUAUCAACGUCUGAGAUAUACGUUGACAUUGUUGCCAAAUUGCAAAAAAAUCCUGAAUUUAUUUUAAAUCAAAUAUAUCACAUAAUUAUUGCAGAGGUGAAUUAUACAACAAACCAAAUUAAUAGUCAAUGGAAAUAAAUAAAAAACAUUAUAAAUAGAAAACAAGAAUGAAGUAAUUAUCUUGCAUUAAAGUAAAUAAUAAAAACAAAUCUGAAAUGUCAACAUUGCAACAACUGUCAAAUAAGUAUUACCAAUUUUAGCCAAAAUAUCACCUUUCGAAAUCCGGACAAGUGUGCUUCAUAAAAACGCUUUUUAAUCUACUUAUUGAUACAAAUUAAAUGAAACAAGUUAUUGUGUACUUUCUUAAAUUUAUAGUAAUAGAAAUCUACAAAUAUUAUUUCUAGGCGUAUAUAAUAAAAUAUGUUUAGUGGCUGUAAUUACAGUGUACUUGGCGAAACAAGUCUAAAAAGGAACAGACCUACGACUUAAAUAUUUUGUGUUUGUAUCAUGUGACAUCACUUGCUAUGACGUGCAAAGGCAUUUAUGCUAUACGAACCAUACAAUAUAUGUACUAGAAUGUACAUAGAAUUUUUAUCUUUAUCGUCUAAAUAAUCUAGAAAUUUUUAUUUUGUAAAAAACUUGUGUAAUAGAAUGCACAUUAUUAAGUUAUGGAUUAAAUAUAAAACAGUAAGAUGUAUUGGCCAUCAUAGGAAAAGAUUGGAAUAUUAAAGAAUGUAUUAGGUAUAUGUGAUAAUACUGAAAUAAUCACAUAAAGAACAAUAAGUCAAAAUUCAUCAAUGUAAAUUAAGCACAUUGACAAAAACUAUUUAAAAGAUAUAUACAUAUGUACCACAAUCACACUAUUAGAAGAAAAUCCUCAAAUCAGUUGUUUACUCUUGUAAGAUGACAGUUUUCCGUCAUAUUUUAAAUAUCGCGCUUCCAAAUAACUAAAUUUACAUUCGAAAUUUGUUGAAUUUAUUUAACGUUAGUAUUAUUUAUUUAUGACUCUUUAUAACGUUGGUAUUACUUAUUUGUGACUAUUUAUUUAUAUUCUUAUUUGAAUUUAUGACAAGCAGAGGUAAUAGGGCUUUUCAUCAACAAUCAUUUGUUUCGAGCUUCUGUCAUGUGUCGUAUAUUAUUAAGAUAUCUACGUCAUACGUCUUUGGUUUGUAUAAUUGGUAAUACCAGUAACGUAUGACGUAGAUAUAUUAAUAUUAGACGACACAUGACAGAAGCUCGAAACAAAUGACAAUCGAUGAAAAGCCCUAUUUUAUUGUUUUGCUAUUAUGUUAUCUCUACGGUUUUCUCUAUCUAAAUGCUUUUAUUUCAAUUUCAUGUAGAUAAUAAUACUUAUAUUUAUAGAUAAUGUAUUUUCUGAACCUUAAAGGUUGAUUCCCAUACAACCGUGACCGUACCGUGAACGAGACGUGAUGCCACCGGCGACGUAAACGCGUAUAAAGAUUUCUCGCCUACUUAUAUUUUAAAACGUUUCUUCACUUGUUCUUUGUCCGAGAAAAAUCUUGUAGGUAAUCGAUUUUAAACAUAUUUCCCGACUAGCUAGAGAUUUGAAAUUUUCAGAAUACCUUAGAACUCGAUGACAAUGCAAUAUUCAACAGCUUUUACAUGGAUGCAUUGAAUUUUAUUAUUCCAAAAAAUCAUAGUUAUUUUAAUACUGUUGCACUAGAACUUAUAUGCCAAGUAUUUAUCUCAAUACCUAACAUUCAAAUUGACAUUUUGAUUUAAAAAAUAAUUGUCUUUAUAAUACUCUUGUUUUAUUGUGUUCAAUCAGUAAUAAAAACGUGGUAUUAUAAAAAGUUAUUUAUUAUAAAAGUGUAAUUAUUUAUUUUCACUGCCGCAUCUUUUUGUUGUUGCAUGUUGAUUGAAUUGGUGCGCAAAAAUUACAUUCUUUUUGAUUUGUCAAAUCCGAAAUAUAAGUAUGAUAGGUAUGUGUGUUUUUUUAGUUAGAUAUACUUCUAGUUUACUCAACAACAACAUGAAAGAAUUCUGAAAUAUUCAAAAAACUUGUCUCCAUCGUUCAUCAACUCUUUAUAUACAGUAAAGAAUUCCCAUUUCGUUUCUCUCUUUUUCCAAACUUGAUGGACCUAUAAGCCUUUAUUUGUAGUGUAUGUUUCCUUUUCCUGGUGUUCUUCAUCUAAGAUUACAAAUCAUCAACAGUUUGCCUGCGGAAAACACCACCAUUCUAGUGUUCUUUAAUACACCACACUGUGCUGUGUGAACACGACAUGAAACAGCCGAAAUCACGGGACGGUGAAGCACUGAUAGGGUACUGUCCCGUUACGGUCACGCCACGGGUGUAUGUGAAUUGACUUUUAAGGUCGCACUACAUACAGGAUUUUGGUGAUAACUAAAAAUGCUUUUGUUUGGCGUAUAUCCUUUCGAGGACUAAGAACAAAACGCUGAGAAUUAAAACAAUGCCAAUAAAAAAAACCAGACAUCAUGAUUUUUUAAUAGUUGUAGAGUACAUGAUAUCGAAGGACACUGAAAAUUGCAGUAUUAGUAUAUAAUUUAAAAUAGUUUAACAUUUUAGAUUUUCGUGGUUCUUUCAUUACUUUUGUUUCCUGAAUUACAUAAACUACCGGAUCUGUAGAAAGACAUUCAAAGCUUAUUUUUUUGCUUUAUUAUAAAUCAGAACGUUUUUUAAACAGUCACUUUAAAGAAACGCAAGUACAGAAAAGUCAGUUAGGCGCUAUAAUCUAGCUUUCCGCGUCCUUUAGAUACACCGCAUUAUACUGUUUUUUUUUUAAUUCUAGGGUAGGAAAAACUAUUCCAAUUAAAUAUUUUAAAUUACUGUUACAAAAAACCGCCAAAAAUAGCAAAUAUAUAAUUGUAGAUUCUUUUGAGAAUUUAAACUAUAAUAUAUUGACAACUAAAAAAACACUACAUAAAAAUAGUGCAUAAUAUUACAAACACUAUGAUGGAACAUCACAAAAGAAAUUAGAGAUUUAACUGUCGUUAAGUUAAGCCAACUCAUAUGACCUUUUAUCCAAACGCAAUAGGUCAUAGAAAAGUUCAGCAGAUGAGUGAGUUCAUAGGCGCCCAUACCCAUGGGCAGGGGGAACGUACCCAUGGGUAUGGGCGCCUUUUUCGGUUGCUUUAAACUAUAUAUUGUCAUUCAAAGUAUAUAAAUUGUCAUGUGCAAAAUCUUCACGUCUGCCCUCCCUAAAAUAUUUUAUAUGAGCGCCCAUGAGCGACUUAACGUUUUUUUAAUAAUCUUGCUAAUUUUGUCUAUACAUAUUUCCAACAAACUUGUAUGUUGCUAUGUGUACAGGUAUUCAUAUUAUUUCAUAGUUUAUAUACAGUCCGUCUAAUUUACUUGCCGUUGCACGUCAUUAUUUACGUUAGAGAUCUAAGUUGACAUUGUUGCCCAAUUACAAAAAAUUCUUGAAUUUAUUUUAAAUCAAAUACAUCACAUAAUUUUUGCGGAAGUGGAUUGAUUAUACAGCAAAACAAAAAUUAAGUUAUAUUCUUCCGUUAAAGUACAUAAUAAAAACAGUAAAUAUAAAGAAACAAAUACUUAUAGUAAAGAAUAAAAACAAAUAUGAAGUGUCAUCACCGCAACUGUCAAAUACAUGUUACCAAUUUAUGCCAAAAUAUCACCUUCGUUCGAUUACAGUUACAGUGUGUUCCGAACAAAUGUGCUUCAUAAAAACGCUUUAUAAUCCAUUUAUACAAAUUAAAUGAAAAAUAUUAUUGUGUAUUUCUUUAAGUUAACAUUAAUAGAAAUCUAGUGGCUGUAAUGCCAGUGUACUCGGCAAAAUGAUUCUAAAAAAGAACACACCUACCGCCUAAAUAUUUCGUGUUGGUAUCAUGUGACGUCACGGGCUAUGACGCGGAUGAGGUGCAGCGGUAAGUAAAUUAGACAGAGUAUAUCGAUGGUAUAGUGCACAGAAGUGGUAAGUACAACUUUUUUAAAAAAUUAGUUAAGUACACAUAGUACAUUAUUUUGACUCAAAGUUUAUUGUGCACAAAUGUGGUAAGCAAAUAAUGAAACGUGUAAGAAAUACAAGUUGACAUAAUGUGGUAACUGCUAAAUAUAAGAAAAAUUAAAUAAGCCAAAUGUUGUAUGUGCCCUUACCACAAAUGGUUUCUCUUCACUGUUCUAAUAUUAUGAUACUUCUGAUGAUGAAUAAAUAUUUGUAUUCAUUCUUUUUGCGAAUUACACAAUUUUUCCUUGAUAUUUGUUAUUUAAUUUCAUUUAGAAGCUUGUAGUAUAUACCUGUCAAAUGGGUUAUGUACAAUAUAAGAAACUCCACGUGUGGUAAGUACAUACCUAUAACUUUCAAAUGGCUGUACUGUAAAAUGUUAGUUUUUGCACUUACCACUUCUGUGCACUAUACCAUCGAUAUAUGGAUUGAUCAUGUUGUCUACUUUUUAGUAGACAUUAAGUACAAAAAUAGGAUCUAUUUUUCAGUUUCAAAUCUUAUUGCUUUGAUUUUUUAGAUUUUUCAAAUUUUCUUGUAAAAUGGACAGUAGUUUUGAAACUGUUUUCUUGUGGCAUAUUUAUUUCUGAAACUGUCUUCUUUGACAAUAUUUAACUUGACAGUACCUAUCCUGUUACACUCUUUAUUAUUUACAAUAAUACUUAACACCUUCAGCGCCACGGUUGGUUCACAACAUUUUCAUUCUGGGCCAAAAUGUUUCUUUGGACGAAUAGUUUUUUUAUGUUAUUUUAGGGUGACUCAAGCAAUCUUUUUAUUUAUUUGCAGUUUAUUUUCGUAUUUUUCUAUUUUUGUAUGUUUAUAUGAAUUUCUAGUUACAUACAACCAAUCUUUUCAUGUCUACGUGCCUAAGGCCAAACCCAGUUAUACCAGGAAAUUGGUUCAGGCCAUAACAUUAUUCUCUACAUAUAAAAACUUACGUAAGUGUGUCCUUUUAGGAGACACAACGAGCCAUGUGCAUCUUUUUCGGUACACAGCGUUGAGGACAGUGUGUAUCUAAAAGGAUACACUGGCGCUGAGGGCGUUAAAGAAGACUUAAAAAUAUUCUGAAUAUAUUUUAUAGAAUGUUGCAGAACCUGCUGUUGUUUUCCUUCCAUAUGUCUUCAUCUCGAGGUACUUUGGGAACCAUCGCACGUUUCUUAUUGUUAUAACUAAGAUCUGUUUAAAAACUAAAAAAGUACUGCCAAAAGGUUCAUGUACUCUUUUUAUUAAGGAUGCCAUUCUUCUCAUUCAUUAGUCAUAGGUGGUAUCUCUUUUUCUGUAGGUACUUUGCUAUAGUAUUUGAUCUAAUUUUUUCUUAUAGCGAUCAAGUCCUGUUUUAUUUUAUAAUACGAAUUUUAUGAAAUAAAUUCCCUUAAAAUCUGUAUUUAACUUAAUUAGUUCAACUUGCAAAAACACCUUUCAGCUUCUGAUAGAUAAAAAGUCUCUUUCAUAAAAAAUGUAUUUGUGUAUUCUUCUAAGGUGUCGAGCCUUUUCGAACAGUGUCCAGUUUAGACCAUAUAACAGUAUUACCCAACUUUUCUAGUUCUUGUAGGUGACACGAAAUAUAUUUUCUUCUUUGUCUUGAAUUAAUUAGGCUUCGUAAUCAAUUUCCCAAAUUUUUUUUUCUUAUUAUGUAUAUUGUUUAAUUGUUUUAAAUUAUAUUAUGGUAGGGGAGCCCAAGGGGAUCUGGCGCGUUACUCGAGCACGUCAGAAACUCACAUGGGGAGAAACCUUGUACCCUGUAAAAAAUGUACCCCUACCAUAUGUGGACUCUUAAUACAGGGGCGUGUGUUGGGGAUAGUCCGUAAAAAAAUCUAUCCUUAGAAAAACUCGAAAUCAGAUUAAGACAAGGUAAGUAAGUGCAUGAAGAACAGUGUAUAUUUAAAAAAUCUGACGAUUUGAGCGGGGCGCAAGGAAAUGGGGGAGUCACAGAGUUUCACAAAAAAAAACACGGAUAUUUCACCAAAUCAACAUAAGAUCCAAAAACUGAAAAAUACGUGUUCAAUAUUUUUCAAAAAUCUAUUGAAUUCCACCAAACACGCUCCCCCACCCCUCACGGAGGUGGGGUGAUACUUUAAAAUUUUAAAUAGGAACCCCCAUUUUUUAUUGCAGAUUUGGAUUUCUUACGUAAAAAUAAAAAACUUUUAUUAGAGACAUUUUUUUUAAAUACGCAUAGAAGGAUGAAAAACGAUUUUUGGAAAGGCAAUAUUGAAUUAAGAAAUGGAAAAUCCCCAUUAAAAUGGAAAACUUAACUUAAUUUUUUUUGGUUUUAAAACCUAAUCUUCACAAACCAAUAGGUCCUCACGAUGCUAUAGUAACUGCAUUCUUUGUAAUUUAGUCGAUCCAUGAAUUUCUCAUCUAAUUUUGGAAAUACCAUAAUUAGUUUCAAUUCUACUACUUAAGUUUAUGUUCAUGUAUAUGAAUGUGGUAUCAUAAAAUUUUGUAUACACUGGUACGAUUUUUUAGGAUGGUAAAAAAUCAUCUUUAAAAAAAUCAUUUUUAAUGAGAUUUUCUACUUAUCUAUGAUUAAAUAACAAAAUAACCUGUAAAUGUCUAAAAUUUUGAAAAUAAGAUCCAUUUAAUGGGUAGAAAGUUUUCUCUUGCUGCAUCUUGUAACAGUCUACCCAAAGAUAUCAAUUGAAGUUCUUGUAUAAGUUGUAUAUAAGAAUACUUUAUCAUUUAUUUAUUAUUGGUACAUAAUUGGAAAUCUGAUAAAAACCUAUUUUUAUAUUCAAUGUAUAUGUAAAUUAUUUUGUAAGUAUAGCUGUAAAUAGAAUUUAUGUACAAUUUUGUAUUAGAUAAAAAUAAAUAAUAAUUUUUCA